CCCGCUUGUGCAUCUCUUUCAGCUCCACAAUAUAAACCUGGUCAAUCAAACCUGCUCAAUCUGCAAUCUCCAGUCAAUAGCGCCACCGCUCAUCUGUCUGAGGAAAUGAUGCUCCGAUCGCUUUAUCCUUAUGACGGCCCAUUUGAAGGGUCUCUGCACUUCGCGGCAAAUGAGUCCUUUCUGAAAAUUCGCAGUGAAAACGAAUAUUGGUUUCUGGUUUCUAAGCCGGACGGUACAGUCGGUUGUGUACCCUACAAUUACGUGGAGCCUGAUAAAGAGCAAAAUGAGCAAACAAUAGUGAAGUGUGCAAGACUGGCUCUGGCCUCAAUUAACCGUAGUUCGUCAUUUAAGAACAAGGAAGACAUUAUCGAAGUCCUUCGAAAGCUAGUGAAAGAUACUAAUGAUAGUAGUGUUCACCCUACUCCACCUUUGUCAAAGCCCACGGCCACCUCAUUCCGGCCAUCUCACAAGCCGAGACCUCCAGAACGAGAUUCAACUCCUCAGCGAUCACACUCGAUUGUGAAUGGGACUAAUUCCACCCUCACUCCGCCUAAGGCCACUUUACCUGGUGGUCUCGCUGCCCGGCUGGUUGACACACUGCGUUUGGGUACAAAUGCGGACUACGCUGAUUGUUACAAUAGUUUUCGUGUUAUGUUGGAAAUUUUGGCUUGCGAGGUAUCCGAUCUGCGGCCUUACACGACUCUGUUGGAUACGAUGUUGACGAAGUCGACUAUUGACCAACGUCAUGCUAGUUACCGACAAAGUCCAGAUUGGUACUUGCUUAAGCGUCAUCUUACCAUGCUGGAGAAACGACAGAAUAACAAUCAAGAAUGUGGAUGGGAGCUGCACGAGAAUCAGCACCAGUUAUCUCGUCAUCUGGAUGGACUAAACGAUGUGCUGACCAAGGCCGAUCCGGAAUUAUUAAAGUUUUACUUGAAGUCAACGGAUUAUCGGCACAUGGAAUGUCUCAUUCAACUCUACCACAGUGAACACCGGGUGGCUGUACGCCGUAAAUUGUUGUUGGCCAUCGGGAUUUGUUGUUCGUUGGAUACGACCUGUCUUUCUGUGUCGGUCAACUCGGUCCUACCUCAGGAAUUGAUUCGCGAAUUGAGUUCGGCCAACAGUAGCUCAGAUGUUAGUCAUCUGGCCAUGUGUCUGCGGGUGUUCACUCUUAUGCUAGCACGAACUCCGGAUUUGCCAGUAGAUGUCCGAAGCAAGUUGAACAGCCGCUUUAUCGUACAAGUUCUGAGGUUCAUCGGUGCGACGGAGAAACCGAAUUCCGCUGCACCUGAUGUUUUGAUCGAUUUUAAUUCGUCCGACGUUACUGAAGACAAUGAGAAAUGCAUGCAGGAACAACUGUUCGAUGGACAAUUGACACAUGCAGCAGCUGCUUUCCUUUUAGCUUGCAACUGGCACUUCUGCUCUAUUGCUGCCAAGCGCUCCAGAGGAAGUGGCGGAGUCUCACCUCACAUUCCUCCCAAAAUUCCACUCCUUGAAGCCCUGUUGUCCCAACCGGCUGCUUGUCGUCCGUUCUUGGAGCUUGUCGUUCAGGCAUUCAAUCGCGACAUUGAUCCAAUCACUUACGUGGACGUUAAACCAAGCACCCAGUCCACACGAUCCAAGCGUCUCUUUCGUUGGUCCGAUGUGAUUUCCAACAGCGCAUCUGUAUGUACAGAUUACGGGCUCGAGUUGGUCGAAAGUGCCAACAUAGCCGCCAUAUUUGAUAGCGAUACUGAGCAGUCAGACUCCUCCCUGUGUGCCGAUGACGGGCAGUACGCGCGUCACAUUUGGUCAGAUGGUCCAACGAUGCGGGGACCACCUGCCACGGUACUCAGUCUACCAAACACAUCGUCUCCGACCACUCCGCGCCAUAGUGUAAUCAAGUUGUUGAUGGAUUUAUUCCAUAGCAUGGAUACAGCUGACCUAGUCUACCGAAAUGAUCAGGAUGUCAUAAUCGAAGUGAUUAACCGUCAGUUGUCGAAUCUGACCUUGGACGAUUCCGAACGUGUUUUGGAUUUCUCGGUGCUUUUGGGUCUCUUGAUUGCAAACUCAGACUACUUGGGUCGAGGAGCCUAUCGUGGUCGUGAACUUAUGCAUAGCCUGGAAGUUUUAUUACAAGAAGAACCCGCUGAGAAAAUCACCUCAGUAACGUUUAAACGCCGUUUCGAAUGCGCUCGUAUCUCAUACAGUCGUCUCCGAUCCGCGUUGCAAGGAAAGACUGAUGACCCCGUUCGUCAUGCAUCGGUUUUGCGUGCAGCGUCUGCUCGUCACAUGGCGCCGACAUCUUCAGGAAUCUCCAGAUCAGUCCUCAAGCCUCGACACCCACUCUAUCUGGCCGCUUUCAAUGUUCGCACUCUGAAGCAAGCAGGACAACAAGCUGCUCUUGCACUCACACUGGACUCGCUUGGCAUUGAUGUGUGCUGUGUCUCAGAAACAAGAAUUCAAGAUGCAAGCACAGUGAUUAAGUUAACCGCCCCGUCAGUCUCCACUCGCUUCCGACUACGCACCUCUGGUGAUCCAGAGGCUGCUGCGGUGGGAUGUGCAGGGGUUGGUAUUGUGCUAAGUCACCGGGCGGAAGUAUCCUUACUUGACUGGAUACCUGUUGAUAGUCGCCUCUGUGCGGCUCGUCUGGCAACGUCUGUGAAGGAGUCUCACAAGCAGCUUUCAAAUAAGUCAUGGUUGUACGACAGUGAAGCAUCGGUGUUGAACACUAAUGUCAUGCGGUCGAUGAUGAUGGUGAUCCGUGGGUUAAGAGGAAACAUGUAUGAGGAAUCGUUA